AAUCCACACAGCACCACUCCAACAAUGGCAGCUCUUACAUUGCGUGCUCUCUUAUUUAUUGUCAACCUUACUUUCGGACUAACUCUCGAUACAAUAUUAGGAGACAGAGUUCAGUUUCCAGAAAGCGAACACUGCAGCGAGAGAGGAGCGAAACUCCAGCACACUUUGACAGGUGGAAGCAAUAAGACUGUGGCUCAUCUGGAGGGUGUUUGGAAGCCGCUAGACGAUUACAAAGACCGGAUGAGUCCAAACGAGUCCGUGAUCUUAAACAGGAGCAACAUCAACGACCAGGGACUGUACAGGUUAACCUGCGGCUCAGAGGAGAAACUUAUCCAUCUGAAUGUCAUCAUAUCCUCGGAUAAAUCAGUGACUGAGGGAGAGGCUGCUAGAAUGACCUUCCACUACUUUACUGCAGGAAAACUCGGGAGGUACAGAGUGGAGAGAAACACACAGCUUGUGUUUGAGCUGGACCUCUCCUCCGGGAGCACCUCACAGGGCUCAGGGUUUGAGAACAGAACAUCUGUAGCCCCUCACUGGAGCUCCGAUGGAGACCUGACUCUGACCCUGCAGGGGGUGAAGCCCGAGGACCGAGGAGCUUACUUUCUCUACGUCCUCAAGAACAGAAAGAGGGGACAUCUGCAGGCUGUGAGGAUGAGGGUCAGCCCUGCACUGAAUACACCAGAGGAGAGGAACCCGGGACAGACCACCUGCACCCCCCAGCAGCCACCAUGCAAGGGGACCCCUUGGAUCCCCCUCGCCAUCAUCGUUGCUCUGGUUCUGGUUGCACUUGCUGUGUAUAGGCAGAGGAUCUGCUGGUCAUGA